AUGGACGCCUUUAAGAACAUGAGCAACCACAUGGUCUCCAACUCGGCUGCUGCCAUCAACGCCUCCGAUGACAUAUCUACCAUGGACCCCGAUGAGAGUAUUCUAAGCCUCGCGAAGGGGCCGAGAAGACGCCAGCACGACGACGAAGAAUCAGAAGGCGUCGAGGAUGAUCUGGAGAGUCUCGCGACUGACGCAGUCGACGGUAACAAGCAGCCGGCCAAUACAGAGGAAGAGAAGGAGUUGCCACCCCAUGCUUGCGCUUACUGCGGCAUCCACAAUCCUGCUAGUGUUGUUCGCUGCUUGAGUUGCAGCAAAUGGUUCUGUAGCGCCCGAGGCAACACCUCUUCCUCCCAUAUUGUCAACCAUCUCGUCCGAGCCCGUCACAAGGAAGUCCAACUCCAUCCCAGCAGUUCUUUAGGCGACACCGUUCUCGAAUGCUACAAUUGUGGAACCAAGAAUGUCUUCUUGCUCGGCUUCAUUCCCGCAAAGUCCGACACCGUUGUAGUGCUGCUGUGUCGACAGCCAUGCGCCGCGAUGCCCUCCUCGAAAGACAUGAACUGGGAUACUUCAAGAUGGCAGCCUCUGAUCGAAGAUCGCUCAUUCCUUUCCUGGCUUGUCGCUCAACCCAGCGACCAAGAGCAGCUCCGCGCAAGACAUCUAAGUCCACAAAUGAUUGCUAAGCUGGAAGAACUAUGGAAGGAGAACGCGGCCGCCACCGUCACGGAUCUUGAGAAGGGCGCCAGCACCGACGAUGAUCCAGCACCCGUUCUACUCCGAUACGAUGAUGCAUAUCAGUAUCAAAAUGUUUUUGGUCCUCUAGUCAAGAUUGAAGCAGACUACGAUCGCAAGCUGAAAGAGAGCCAGUCUCAGGAUGGGUUGAUUGUGCGCUGGGAUCUCGGUUUGAACAACAAGCAUCUCGCUAGCUUCAUCCUUCCUAAGCUUGAACUCGGCGACGUCAAGUUGGCUGUUGGCGACGAGAUGCGUCUCAAGUAUACCGGCGAAUUGCGACCCGCUUGGGAAGGCGUUGGAUAUGUUAUCAAGAUCCCGAACAACCAGUCCGACGAGGUCACCAUCGAAUUGCGAGCCAAAGGCGACCACAAGUCUGUGCCCACAGAGUGCACCCACAACUUUACCGCCGACUAUGUCUGGAAGGCCACCUCUUUCGACCGCAUGCAGCUCGCCAUGAAAACUUUUGCUAUUGAUGAGAUGAGCGUCUCGGGUUACAUCUUUCAUCGCUUGCUGGGUCACGAAGUUGCCGCUGCUCCCAUGAAGACACAGAUGCCCAAGAAAUUCAGCGUUCCAGGACUUCCCGAGCUCAACGGCAGUCAGAUCAACGCCGUGAAAUCCGUUCUGCAGAAACCUCUCAGUCUGAUCCAGGGACCCCCGGGUACGGGCAAGACUGUCACGUCGGCCACCAUCAUCUACCAUCUUGCUAGAAUCAACGGUGGUCAAGUACUUGUGUGUGCCCCGUCCAACGUCGCAGUCGACCAACUGUGCGAGCGCAUUCAUCGCACAGGAUUGAAGACCGUCCGCGUCACUGCAAAGUCGCGCGAGGAUGUUGAGUCUCCCGUCCGCUUCCUUUCACUUCACGAGCAGGUCCGCAUGAAUGACAGCAACGUCGAAUUGAUGAAACUAAAUCAACUCAAGACCGAACUGGGUGAGCUGUCCAGUCAGGAUGAGAAGAAGUUCAAGUCUCUCACUCGAGCUGCUGAGCGCGAGAUUCUGACCAAUGCCGACGUCAUCUGCUGUACUUGUGUCGGUGCUGGCGAUCCUCGGCUGGCCAAGUUCAAGUUCCGGACCGUGCUCAUCGACGAGUCUACCCAGUCUGCUGAACCAGAGUGUAUGAUUCCGUUGGUGCUUGGCUGCAAGCAAGUCGUCCUUGUUGGUGACCACCAGCAACUCGGCCCCGUGAUCAUGAAUAAGAAGGCGGCCAAGGCUGGCCUCAACCAGUCUCUGUUCGAACGCCUGGUGAUUUUGGGCUGCGCACCCAUCCGAUUGAACGUUCAGUAUCGAAUGCAUCCCUGCCUUUCCGAGUUUCCCUCCAACAUGUUUUACGAGGGCUCUCUUCAGAAUGGUGUGACUAUGCAGCAACGGAUUCGGCGCGACGUUGACUUUCCCUGGCCCAAGUCUGACUAUCCGAUGAUGUUCUGGUCCAACUUGGGCAAUGAAGAAAUCUCCGCUUCCGGGACAUCCUAUCUUAACCGUACCGAAGCCGCCAAUGUGGAGAAGAUUGUCACUCGCUUCUUCAAGGCUGGUGUUCGGCCAUCCGACAUUGGCAUCAUCACGCCCUACGAGGGUCAGCGCAGCUAUGUCGUCAGCUCUAUGCAGGCUGCUGGUACUUUCAAGAAAGAGAUGUACAAGGAAGUCGAAGUUGCCUCUGUUGACGCAUUCCAGGGUCGUGAGAAGGAUUUCAUUGUUCUCUCCUGUGUUCGAUCCAACGAUCAUCAGGGUAUCGGUUUCUUGAGUGAUCCUCGUCGCUUGAACGUGGCCAUGACUCGUGCCAAGUACGGCCUUGUCAUACUCGGCAACCCCAAGGUCCUCUCUAAGCACCCUCUCUGGCAUUACCUCCUGCUUCACUUCAAAGAAAGCGAAUGUCUGGUUGAAGGCCCUCUGUCGAAUCUGCAGAUCUCACUUCACCAGUUCGGUCGCCCUAAGCAGACGUAUCGUGGCCCUCAACGCUAUCAGAUGGCCUACAACCAUGCCAGUCAUAUGGCCAGUGGAAUGAUGAACGGUCGCAACGGGCAACGCUCUAACUACAACGAGAGUGGCUCAGUUGUUGGCUACAUUCCAGACGACGUCUCUUCCAUCCAUUCAUCUGCUAUGGGUGGCGUGGGAGUGCCCGCUGGCUACCCUCCAAUGUUCCGUGGCUUCACUCCUGACACGUGGCCCUCGCUUGGUCCCAACGGCCAGCGCUCCAACGGGAAGCAACUGCGUGGGGUGCCCGGCAGUGUGGCUGGGGAGUCAACUGUUGCAACUGAGUCUGAUGUCACAGGCAGUGGUAUUGGUGGUGUUGCUCUGGAUCAGCUCUCUAUCCACGAGAGCCAGAAGCCGACGAGUUUCAACCAAAGUGAUCGUCUCAAACGAUACAUUGAGAACAGUGCUCCUGCCGGUGGCUUCCGUGCUGGAGGGGUGAUGCGACCUGGUAAAGGCGUGCAGGACGAUGACACCCGAAGCGAGAGCACAGCGUUUGCAUCUCAGGUCGGCGGCGGCUAUGACUAG